CGUACCAAGCGCCGUCCCCCCUCACACACACACAUACCGGCGGCCGGUGCGGUACCGGAGCAUGGAUGCGGUGCUGCUCGCCAUCGCCGCUGUCCUCCUUGCCGUACUUCUCUUCUUCGCCACCCGUCUCCGCGGCCAAGUGAGGGAAGCUGAUGAGGAACACCAGAGAGAUGUGGCAGCAGCAGCAGCCAGACCACGGCUCCAUGUGGAUGAGAGGGGAGAUGCGAUGCCGAGGCGCCGAAGGAACAUGGCAAACCGGCUGAUAGCCCAGAGGAGAGCACAGCAGGCCCAGGACUGGGAGGAAGAGGAAGACGAUGCUGAGGACGUGCCAGAAUUUCAGGUGUCUGGGAAAAUCGGAGCAAAGAAGCAGAGGAAAUUAGAAGAGAAACAAGCCAGAAAAGCACAGAGAGAGGCUGAAGAAGCUGAGCGAGAAGAACGGAAAAAGCUUGAGUCAAAAAGAGAGGAGGAAAGGCGGAAAGAAGAGGAGAGAAUACGCCUUGAGGAGGAACGGCAGGAAGAGGAAAAGAGGAAGGCAAAGGAAGAAGAGGAAAAGAGAGAGUAUGAAGAGUACCUGAAGCUGAAGGAGAGUUUUGUAGUUGAAGAGGAAGGGGUUGAAGAAUCAAUGACAGAAGAACAGUCUCGCAGCUUCCUAAUGGAAUUCCUGGAAUACAUUAAGAAAACAAAGGUCAUCCAGCUGGAGGACUUGGCUUCACAUUUGGGUUUAAGAACACAGGAUGCAAUUAACAGGAUCCAGGACCUGAUGGCAGAUGGCACUCUAACAGGUGUGAUUGAUGACAGAGGGAAGUUCAUCUACAUCACUCCAGAGGAGAUGGCUGCCGUGGCUCAGUACAUCAAACAGCGAGGACGAGUCUCCAUCGCAGAGCUGGCCCAAGCAAGCAAUUCCCUCAUCAACCUCCAGCCCGACAGCAGAGCCACUGCUUCAACCAUGGCAUGAAAUCUGGUGUGAGAAGGAUACAGCAAGUGUUUACCCUUAUAAUGAAUUGGCCAUGUAAUUAAAACCAAGCAGGAACCUCACUAGUCCAGUCAUGGUGCUUUUUAAGUGUCAGCUGCAAGAGUUGAUGGGAAGUUUUGCUUUUCAUUCUGCUAGAGAUGCUAUAAAAUAGGACAGUCAUUUAUACAGCAGAGGUAGCCAAGAACUAGGGCUAAAACACUCUGUACCUGUACCUCAGGAAUAUCAGUAAAUUACACACAGUUAUCUUGGCAGUCUCACGUGCCUAUACCCAAACUUCUUGUUUCCACAUUGAUGUCUGCAUCAGUUAUGUUUGAUUCUGAUGGCAUUCAGAAUCCUCCACACUUGCUCUGCACUUAGAGCUGCAUAACUUUGUGGCAAUGACACAUACAACCCAGAGUAAUAGCGUAGGGGGGAGGCUUGGGUUUUGUCUUCUGGGAGGAUAGAGUAAAAAGAAGAUGCUGUGAGUGUCUUUGUUCUUACUGAAAUACGUACUGAAGCUCUAGAAGGAGCACUUGCUCCCAGAGGUUUGCUGUAUAAACCCAUUUUUGCUUGGGUUAUGUAGUAGAAAAGGUUUGCUCACAGCCAAGCUGCGUUAUUUCUCUGUAGCCAAGAGACAGAAACACCUCCAGGGAAAAGCUUAACUCACCUCAUUGCUUGUCCAGGCCACUUCUGAUACCAACCAGCCACUGAUGAUUCAUCCUUUGAAGUAAGUGGGUCUGGGGCCCUCAGCCACCCCUUCCCCAUGGAGUUUGUGUUCUGGAUGUUUGGGUGUUUCUAAGUAGAACUUGGGCCCUAUGAGUCAUGUAAUGAACAAGUUAAUGAUGAUUAAUGUAUUAAUUGUAGGGGUCAAUGUAACUCCUGCACAAGAAUAUUAAUUUUUAAUAGGCUAAUUGGUGCCUUGUUAAUUCCCUUUCCUGAAGUCAACAGAAUCUACAUGGUUAUACAGUAAUUGGGGAGGGCACAAGGGGCUGCUUUUGUCUUUGCCAGAUAUAGGGAUAACACGAGGAGACUGAAAGCUGCAUCAUUGAGAUGAGAUAGCAGUAGAACAAUGGAAAGAAGAGCAUUGCCUUUGUAGUGUCUGCACUGCUGCUGUAUGGGGUGCUCUGCAGGAGUGCAGGAUUAUGGUGCACCACCACAUGUUGAGGUGAGGGAUCGGUACGUUGUUGCUGUGCUGCACAAUGGGAGCCAGCAGAGAUGACUUGAGAUUUGAGGCUUGCCAAGUCUCCCUGUUAUUCAAAAUGGAUUUUAACCUGUUUUUUUAUGCUGUCUUAAAACUAUUCUUGUAAUAAAAUAAACAACGUGGGAAGAGUUGCAGAGA